AUGAGCGCAACUACAGCUACACGGCGGCUUCGAGUCGGGAUCGACGUUGGCGGAACAAACACAGAUGGCGUCCUCAUCGAUCCUCUACAAACCUCAGGACCUGACCGCGGCAUCAUCGCGUGGCAUAAAGAGCCAACAACAACAAAUCCUAGUAUUGGUAUCAAUAAUGCCCUCACCAAGAUGCUCAGCUCGGCUUCUAUCAGCCCUGAUGAUGUCGCUAGUGUGACGAUUGGAACCACACACUUUGUCAAUGCUGUCGUCGAAAGGGAUGCUGCGAGACUAUCCCGAGUUGCUGUUAUUCGUCUUUGUGGACCUUUCUCGAAGCAUAACUUGCCGUGUGUUGACUGGCCAAGUGAUAUGAGGGAGUUGAUCUUGGGGCAUCAUGCGCUGGUCAAGGGUGGACUGGAGGUCGAUGGUCGUUUGAUAUCUGAUAUCAACCAAAAUGAGAUCAAAGAGCAAUGCGCGGUCAUUAAAGAGAUGGGUAUCAAGAGUGUGGUGGUCAUCGGUAUCUUCAGUCCGAUCGAUACAGUCGAACAACAAGAAGAGAGGACCGCAGAUAUAAUCAGGAGUGAGAUUCCUGGCUGCGACGUCGUUUGCUCCAAAGAGGUCGCCAACCUCGGCUUCCUUGAGAGAGAAAACGCAGCUGUUCUCAACGCCUCGAUCCUCCCGUUUGCACGCAAGACAAUUCGAUCUUUUCACGAGCCUGUGAAAAAGCUGGGCCUGAACUGUCCUGUUUUCAUCACCCAAAACGAUGGCACUGUACUAUCUGGCGAACUAGCUGCACGAUUGCCAAUCCGAACAUUCUCAAGCGGUCCCACGAACAGUAUGAGAGGCGCUGCUUUUCUGGUACAAAAUGAACUUGACGAAGCCAUGAUGGUGGUUGAUAUUGGAGGAACCACAUCGGAUGUUGGUAUCCUUCUGGAAAACGGCUUUCCUCGACAGCAAGCUGCUUAUAGCGACCUUUCGGGCGUUCGCAUGAACUUUUCGUGUCCUGACAUCAAGAGCAUCGGUCUUGGUGGAGGGUCUAUUGUACGAAAGGAUAAUGGUACAACAGUAGGACCGGAUAGCGUGGGAUACAAGUUGACGCACGAAGCCAUUGUCUUUGGUGGAAAAGUCUUGACAGCCACUGAUUGCACAGUCCUUGCCAACCCAGGCUUAGGGAUUGGAGAUUCAACUCUUCUAAAGGACAUACUUUCGGAAGACGAACUCCAGAAUGUCAGUUCUGUGAUCAAGCUCAAGUUAGAGAAAGUGAUCGAUACAAUGAAGACGUCACCUCAAGAUAUCCCUGUGAUUCUGGUGGGAGGUGGCGCUGUUAUUGCGCCCGACGAGCUCAAGGGAGCGAGCAAGGUGCUCAAGCCGAAGUGGUCACAGGUUGCAAAUGCCAUUGGAGCUGCCAUAGCCAGGUUCAGUGCUGUCGUGGAUACUGUCAAGUCGACAGCAGAUCAGUCGGCGAAUGAACUCCUCGAAGAGGUGUGCCAGGAAGCGAUUGAGAAGACUGUUAAGGCUGGAGCUUUACGAUCAACGAUCACUGUUGUCGAGAAGGAAGUUCUGCCGCUCCAGUAUAUUGCCAACAAAACUCGGUUUGUUGUUCGAGCAACAGGAGACUUUGACUUCUCCAAGGAGAGUAUUGUUCCUGAAAUACAGGAAGAAGCCGAAGGGUACCAGGAGAUGGAUACUUACGAGAAGAGCGCCAAUGAUAAAAAAUUGAAGCGUAAUAACAAGGAAGAUGAGGACUUUGAUAUACUGGCAUACCGCCCCAAUGUGAGAAAGCGAACGUGGUAUCUUUCCGAGAGGGACGUUUCGUGGAUCGCAACAGGCUGCUACAUUCUAGGCACAGGAGGCGGCGGUAGUCCUUACGGACUGAUGAUUCGAUUACGAACGCAGCUACGCAAUGGAGCAACAAUUAGGGUGGUGAAUCCUGAUGACCUGCCCGACGAUGCACGAGUUGGCUGUGGCGGCGGAGCAGGAAGCCCUACUGUCGCAAUCGAAAAGCUCGCAGGCGAUGAACUGCUUGAAGCACAGCAGCAGUUAUACAAGAUGUGUGAUACAUCAGCUACGCACAUGAUCUCUGUCGAAGUUGGAGGAGCUAAUGGUCUAAGCGGACUGUUGCUUGGCUCAAGUGAUCAGAUGGAUAUUCCUACAGUGGACGGAGACUGGAUGGGCAGAGCGUACCCUACGAAAUGGCAGACAACGCCUGUGGUCUUUAAAGAAAGGGAGACGAUCUGGUCACCCAUUGCUGUUAGCGACGGAAACGGAAACGUUCUAGUCAUGCCAAAAGCAUCCUCCGACGAGGCUGUCGAGCGCAUUAUCCGCUCUGCUCUAAGCGAGAUGGGCUCACAGGUAGGGGCUGCAGAUGCUCCAGUCACAGGAGCAGAGACGAGGCGCUGGGCGGUUGAACAUACGCUCUCCCAGUCGUGGAGAAUUGGCCGAGCAGUUGCUAGAGCGCGUAAGGAGAACCGCGUGGACAAUGUCGCCGAGACUAUCAUUGAUGAGUGUGGUGGUCCUGGGGCAGGAAAGGUUCUAUGGAAGGGUAAGAUCAUUGGGGUGGAGAGAACAUUGAGAAAUGGACAUGUCUACGGCGAGUGUCUCAUCGAAGGCGCAGAUGUUCGAGAUGAAACAAACGCAGCUUCUGAAGGCGAAUCACAGCAGUUCAAGGGCAUCAUCAAGAUUCCUUUCAAGAACGAGAAUAUCGCUGCUCUGAAAGUCCACCCAGAUCGUAAGGAGGAGCUUCAGGAGGAUGUUCUAGCAAUUGUUCCCGAUCUUGUCUGCGUCAUUGAUGCACAGAAUGGAGAAGCGGUAGGAACACCGGAGUAUCGAUAUGGAUUGCUAGUUGUUGUGCUGGGAAUAGCUGCAAGUGAUAGAUGGACUGGAUCAGAACGAGGUAUCAGGAUUGGAGGACCGGAUGCAUUUGGGUUUGAGCACUUGAAGUUUGAGCCUCUGGGUCAAUAUUUCAAGCCGAGGAGUGUUAUUGACGAGUAUGACGAAUCUUAG